AUGGUUAUACCAAAAGAAAUUCGCGAUAGAGCCGCCAUGCCUCCGCCUGCCUUAACUGCUUCUGCCUUAAGCAAUAAAUCACUGUCACAGUCGAGUCAGGAUUCGGGAAAAUUUUCAUAUACAAUUGGACUCAAGGUAAAAGAACUCUGCAACAACGUUUGCUGGAUAUGCGGUGUGAAGAUGGCCGUUCAAGUGGCCCAUGUUAUUGCGAAAGAAGACCAGCAGGUCUCUGUUUGGCUCGAAAAAAGCCUGUUCAACUUUGGAUUAACUUCGCUACACAAUGCCAUCUUACUAUGCUGCAAUUGCCAUCGUGCCUUUGAUCGGAGAAUCGACCCCGGGGUGAUAAUCAUCCUUUCUGAGCUGCAAUACUUUAUUGACUUUGAAGUCGAAGAUCGGAAGGCCCGCUUCCAAGCCCAGAAAUAUGGAGCUCUUAUUGCCCGGACGGUGCCGACGAAGGAAGAUUACAGGGACCACCAGGUCCAGAAGGGGGUCAUCCCCGAGGGUACAAACAGCGGCUUGUUCCGCGCCAUUUUCCUCUGGGAGGACUUCCCAACCACUGAUCGAGCAGACUUGGAAAUUUUUCAGCAGCCAAAAAUUUGGCAUGGUGCCCCCAUAGCUACCAUCAGAGCGGCGCUGCGAGAUUUAUACUCCGACGCAGAGUGGGUGUUAGAUGACCUUGAAGGAUUUAAAACAAACAUCCCGAAAAGAGACCGAGUUGAGGACGAGGACAUCAAUGACAGCCGCCCUCCAAAGACCCUAAAGACCCCAAGAAAGAGAAAUUCUACCACAGGAGGGUCUCAAAGGAAGCUCAGAAAAAGAAAUACCACCACUGGAGGAAGAGGGUCUACAAGCACCCAGCCAACCCACUGCAGCAAUGCAGUCCAGGAGACUUGGAACAUGGGACCAAACGUCACGACGGAAGAAAUAGUCCGCCGCUGGGCUCCUUUGAUUGAAGUUGACGAUUAA